AUGGCCAAGGCUGGUGCCAAGUACAUCAACAAGGGCGGUGCCAGCGGCAUCAGUGACCUUGCAGGCCGGAAGCCCGUCGCGGACUUUCUGCUUUGUGCCUCGGCUUACGGCCCAGGGCAUACCCAGGAGAACGGCGAAGAGCUAGGAGGCCUGAGUCUCAGCUGCCACCGCUGGGUACAGCCACAGCUCAUAUUAGUCCACAAUCGCAAAAGUCAGGUCCUCAGGGCCAGUCAUGCACCGAUCCACCCAGGCCCCUAUUUCCCACGCAUUUUUCCCGAGCGCGUUCCAGAGGAGGAGGCUGGUCAGUUGGGCAGCAUGACCCGGGCAUAUCCGGGCACCACCUCCGUGAGACAGAAGCAGCAGAGAAUGCAACAAGUUCUCCUUCGCAACUGUUUUGUUGUGCUGCCGACUUGGCUCAAGCCCGUGCUCUUCCCCUCUCCCUUGCAGGGCCAGGGGCUGCUCUCAUUCGCCAUGCAUGGAUAUGCAGACAGGCAAGCUGUGGCUCGGCGCACGGCGAUCCUGGCGGAGUCUGCCGUACGUUCUGCCAACCAGGUCCACGGCACGACACCUGUCUUUCGCAAGGACGACAGGAUCAAGCGCUUGUUGCGUGACGCCCUCGAUGCGGCGGCAGAUCCUCUGAGUAGCUACUUGGAGGAUUUGGAUAACGACCAUUUCGAGCAGCUUAUCGAUGCUUUCCGCCCACACGAAGUACCUAUGGACGCCUACGUCAUCGUGCAGGGUCACUACGUGGAGAAUGACAAGCCGGGGCUGUUUGUGCUGGAGGAUGGCAUGCUGGAAGCCUUGAGGGCAGACAAGUACGAGGAGAAAGUUGUGCGAAGGUACACGGAGCCCGGCAGUAUCUUCGGCGAGCUUGCGGUCCUCCACCAGGCCCCGCGCGCGGCGACCGUGGUUGCACGAACUGAUGCGGUGAUCUGGUCUGUGAGCAGACAGACGGUCCGCAAGAUCACCUGCUCCUUCCAGGAAGCGAAGCGGAGGUACUACGAUCGAAAGCUGAUGUCGGUGGAUGUGCUCCAGCCCUUGGACGACGAAGAGCGCCAACAGGUGAUCGAGUGCCUGAGGACUCGCCACUACGACCCUGGUUAUGUCAUCAUUCGGGAGGGUGAAGAAGGACACGAGUUCUUCCUCUUGAUAGAGGGCACCGCGACUGUGUCGAAGAACGGCCGUGAGCUCAAGACCUAUAAGCCCGGUGACUACUUCGGCGAGCUGGCGUUGAUGCAUGCGAGUCCUCGUGCGGCCACCGUGACGGCCACGGACUUCUGCACGCUGGCGGUUCUUGCAGAGAAGGACUUCCGGAGGUUGCUCGGGCCCUUGGCCAGCUUUCACGAAGAGGAGGGUCGUCGACCGUCUCGCUUGUCUCGUACUUCCUCACCGCGCCAAUCCUUUGACGUGGCAGGUCGACCAUCUCGCUUGUCUCAAGCUGCUUCCUCCCCUCGGCAAUCACUUGAUGGACCAGGUCGAGCAUCCCGCCUGUCUCAAGCUGCUUCCUCUCCUCGGCAAUCGUUUGAUGGACCAGGUCGACCAUCUCGCUUGUCUCAUGCUUCCUCGCCGAUCCCAUCCGUUGACGUGGCAGGUGAACCCCGACGAGUUUCUCACAGCCGCAGCACCAUCGCAGGAUGCCGAGAAAGCUGCGUGGAGCACCCCGCACAGCGCAACUCGUAUCCGGCAGCCAGACCGUCAAGAAUGUCGUGCCGAUGA